AUGCACCUUCCAACUGAAAUCCUGCUGGCAAUAAUUGAAGGUUUGGCCAACGACCGACCGACAUUGCUGCGCCUCAUUCUUGUUUCUCGCCGAUUCAAUGUUCUCGCUCUACUCCCUUUAUAUGAAAAGAUAUCGUUCUUGGUGUAUAGCAUCUACUUUAAAAAACAACUGGCGUCAGUCGAAAGCUUAUGUAGAGAUAUCGAAACAAAUCCCGGCAUGCAGUUCACCACUACCUUUAUCUUCGAGUAUAAAUGCUCUUCUUCUACUAUCAGUCGAGCUCAUCUCCUGAUAUCUCGAAUCCUCCCAUAUCUUCCCAAUCUUCGCAGUCUCGUUGUAGAAUUCAUACUUACUGAAGCCGUCGAUCCUGCGAUCCUGCGACUACUCCCAUCUACGGCGCGCCUCACGUACCUCUAUUUGGCCUGUGGCAGUCAUAGGGCAAGUUUCUUACAGCAUAUUGUGCUCGUUCCGACAUUGGAGGAAAUCACAAUACCGAACUUCUACCCCAAAGACGAAGAAACUCAGAUUGUCAACAAGUUAUCGUCCAAAGAGCUGCCGAACCUUCGCUCCCUUGCACUAUCUGUGGAGAAUUCGCUACUCUUCGACAAUCUGACUUCGCUGUCGCCCUCUCAAGCUCAUGACCUUGGUGUCGUGUUUUCCAGAACCACAAAUAUCAAGUUGAAAUACAUACGAUUCGGCUGCUCGGAAUACGAUAUACGCCCCUUUGCUCAAACCCUCUUUGAUUCCAUGAAGCACCUAGUCGUUGUCGAUUGGAAAUCAACGAAGGGUGACUGGCGCCUGAGCAGAGGCUCGAAGUCCGCUAUUUUGAUAGCCAACCCAGAUGACCAAGGCGAUCGGUGGGAGCCUAUGUAUCAAGCUGUCGAGGAUUAUGUUCGUAAGGCAGAUAAUAACCGAAAUGGAAUAGCGGCCUAG